AUGCUAAAUAUACGUCCGUGGCUCUUAAACAAAAUCCAUCGAUUUUCUUCAAAGAUAAUUCUUCUGUACAUAGACGAUUUACUUGGUCCGUUGUCGAAGGGUUCCCACAGUCUCUUCUCACCGACUAAGCUGAUUCUACAGUGGCCUCCGCCUUUAGCCGCUCGUGUAUAUUUUUCUGUUUUUGAAGCGAGCGCAGUGAGACUUGGUGAUAAAUUAAUCAUGUUGGAGAACUCUUUCAGGUAUAUCGAAAUCAAGAUACAAGUACAAAGCCAGCGAAAGCCAUCUGACCCAUCUGACGUGAGCGCCAGACGGUUUUCCAACCUGUGCGUCCUAGCGGCCUCAAGCUGGAAAGAAACCACUUUUUUCUUAAAGUCUCUUUUUCAGCAUAAGAAACGUUGUCAUUCGUAA